AUGGCUACAUCUGCAAGGGACAUCAAUGUCCAAGAGGGAUUGAAUCUCAACCCUUCACAAAGCUUGAAUUUCUCCACCUCUCCUACCGCUUCUUUCCAGUCUGCUCCUUCCAGCCAUGGUGGCUCGGCUUUUGGAAGCCGUACGAUACCGCUAGCAAAUGCAAAGCAUUUGAAGCCGUUUGCCACGGAGGAUAUCAAGGUCCUGCUCCUGGAAAACGUCAACCAAACGGGUAGGGACAUCCUUACCAAACAGGGCUAUCAGGUGGAAUUCCUUAAAUCCUCCCUUCCGGAAGAUCAACUCAUCGAGAAAAUUCGAGAUGUACACGUGAUUGGGAUUCGCUCGAAGACCAAGCUGAGCGCUCGUGUACUAAAGGAAGCUCGGAAUCUUAUUGUCAUUGGUUGUUUCUGCAUCGGGACGAACCAGGUUGAUCUGCAAUAUGCAGCUGAACAUGGAAUUGCUGUUUUCAACUCACCGUUCAGCAAUUCCCGUAGUGUCGCAGAAUUGGUUAUAGCUGAAAUCAUUGCUCUUGCCCGUCAACUGGGUGACCGUUCCAAUGAGAUGCAUAACGGCACAUGGAACAAAGUGAGCAACAAGUGCUGGGAAAUCCGCGGAAAGACCCUUGGCAUAAUCGGAUAUGGUCACAUUGGCGCUCAACUGUCGGUUCUAGCAGAGGCUAUGGGCAUGUCUGUUAUUUUCUACGACGUAGUGAACCUGAUGGCACUGGGUACUGCUCGCCAAGUACCAACCCUUGAAAUCCUUUUGUCUGAGUCGGACUUCAUCACGUGCCAUGUUCCUGAGCUCCCGGAGACACGGAACAUGAUAGGACAACCCCAGUUUGAGCAAAUGAAGCCUGGCAGUUAUCUGAUAAAUGCCAGUCGGGGAAGUGUCGUGGACAUUCCUGCUCUAAUCCAUGCAAUGCGGUCCGGCAAAGUGGCGGGUGCCGCUCUCGAUGUCUAUCCCAAUGAGCCAGCCGGAAAUGGUGAUUAUUUCAACCAAAGCCUCAAUGACUGGGCAACGGAUCUUAGGGGUCUCAAGAAUUUGAUCCUCACGCCACAUAUUGGCGGUAGCACAGAGGAGGCGCAGCGUGCGAUUGGCGUUGAGGUGGCAGAAGCCUUGGUGAGAUAUGUUAAUGAGGGCACAACACUGGGGGCCGUAAACCUGCCGGAGGUUGCUCUGCGGUCCCUGACGAUGGAUGAACCCAACCAUGCCCGAGUCAUCUUCAUUCAUCAGAACGUUCCGGGUGUUUUGCGAAAAGUCAAUGAGAUUCUUGGUGAUCACAAUGUUGACAAGCAAAUGACUGAUAGCAGAGGUGAUGUGGCAUAUUUGAUGGCCGAUAUCAGCAGUGUCGACAACAUGACAAUCAAGGACUUGUACGAGAGACUUGAAAGCCUCGGAUCUCGAAUUAUGACGCGCAUCUUGUAUUAA